GAUGUCUCUUAAUGGCUCAGCUGAGGUGUCCCCCACACGCUAUCCCGUGGACAACUGCACCAACCUGGUGGAGUUCUGGGAGCUGCUGGCCACCCUGCAGCCCAUAUACCUCACCAUCCUCAGCGUCGUGGGGCUGCUGGGCAACGGCUUCGUGCUCUGCGUCUUCUGUCUCCAGCGGAAAGCGUCCUGCUCCGUGCCGGACAUCUACCUGGGCAACCUGGCCGCGGCCGACUUCGUCAUGGUCCUGUGCCUGCCCUUCUGGGCGGCCAACAUCGCCAACGACUUCGAGUGGGUGUUCGGCGCGCUGCUGUGCAAGCUGGUCAACGUGGCCAUCUCCAUGAACUACUUCUGCAGCGUGCUGUUCCUGGUGCUGGUGAGCGUGGACCGCUACCUGGCCCUGGUCCAUCCCAUGCGGCCCAGCUGCCUGCGGCGAGCGGCCUGGGCCAAGCGCAUCUGCCUGGCCAUCUGGCUGCUGGGUCCGCUGCUGAGCUUCCCCAUGCUGCUCUUCCGCGUGGUGGAGUACGUGCCCGAGGCCGGCGUGACCGCCUGCUACCUGCGCUACCCGCACCAGGGCUGGCGCGUCCAGCGCAACGUGACGUUCAUCGCGGUGGGCUUCCUGGUGCCGCUGCCCGUGGUGGCCUUCUGCACGUACCACAUCCUCAGGGCGCUGAGGGACGGCGGGCCGGCGGUGGGCAUCGUGGCGCCCGGCGUGAGGAACGAGAGGAAGGCCACGCAGCUGGUGCUCGCCGUCCUCGUGGUCUUCGUCUUCUGCUGGAUGCCCUACACGGUCGUGCGGCUGCUGGACACCAUAGACUACUUCCGGGUCCAGCCGAGUUGCGCGUGGGGAGACUUCAUGGACGUGACCGAGCAGCUGGUCAACUACCUGGCCUACAGCAACAGCGCCAUUAACCCCUUCCUCUACGUGAUCGUGGGGAAGCACUUCCGAAGGAAAGCCAGAGCCGUGCUGAGGCAGCGCUGGCCUUUCAGCUCAAAAAGCAACGCUUCGUUUUCAGUCAACGCCUCGACGCUGAGCCGAGAAACACAAAGGAUAUCUGUUUGCCGUCUUGAUAAAAUAAUGUGCUAA